AAAUUAUUAAAUUAAGUCUAGGUCAAAUAUAUCCCUUUGGCUUGUUUUCGUUUAAGUAAAGGUUACUUAACCUUCCCGUUUUAAUGGCAAUAAUAUUGUUUAUUAUUAAGCAGAGAUAAUGUUUAUAAAAAAUGUCAUUAUUCCCAGCGUUUGAUUCAAAUAAUUCUCAAAAAAUUGAAAAUGUUUCUGCAAAUGAAGCAGGUCCAUCCUGGCUGAAUAAUUCAUCCUUUAUUUCUCCUGAAAUAAAUUCUGGUGCUGCUUCUUUAUCCUCUAAUGAGAGCUGUAAUGAGGAAGUAAAUGAAAAGAAACGUUCAAAAAGUCAUUCUAAAAAGAGUAAGAAGAAAAAACACAAAAGUAAAAGAAAUAUCAAGGAAGGAAAUAAUGACUCAGCAUUGUAUUAUGAAGACAGCAAUGCUUUAAAAAAUGAAUCAGGAUAUUCCGUUCCUCAAGUAAAGCUUACUAAGGCCGCUACAAGAUACAAUGUUGAACAGAAAAAGAAAAAACAUAAAAAGAAUAAAUCUCGCUAUUUUCAAAAGAAAUUAGAUGAAGAAAAUGAAGUUAAAAACACACUAAUUAAUCCAGAACCAAUGGACAUUCAAGAAUUUCUUAAACGUACUGAAUCAUUCAAUCAAACUCUUAGGAAUGAACCUCAUAAUGUUGAAAUGUGGUUGGAUUAUAUAAAGCUGCAGGAUUGUGGUAUCGGUAGUGUCCGAGGCCGUGGUGAAAAGAAACUGUCUAUUUUGGAUCGAGCACUUCUUAUUAAUCCAGAUGCAGAUGAAUUGUUGCAAGAAAAGAUGUCUAUAACUGAAUCUAUUUACCCAUUAGACAAGGUUGCCACUGAAGCUAAAACCUUGGUUACCAAACAUCCACAAAAUAUGAUUGGUUGGUUGUGGAUCAUUAACUCCCUUCAGUUCAAUUUAUCAAAAAUGGCUGCUCCUGGUGUUUUAAUGAAUUAUGAAAAAGCUUUAGAGGGAAUCAACAAAGCACAUCAUGAUUCUGAUAAUUUCAUGGAUGUUUUACUACAGUGUGGAUUAUUCCUGAGACAGUCUGGGUUGUGGGAACAACUAUGGGUCUUGCUUGAAUUGUAUCUAGAACUAAACCUAACUACUGCAGGAUCAGGAGCUUUCAAACAAAUCGUCCAUCUUCCAGAAGAUGAAAUACAACGAUUGGAAGAUGGUGUAAUAACCUCAGGGCUACCAUUGGGCUCUCUUUGGCUAAGAAUAGAGCGAUUGAGAGAAGGGAUAUACUUUUUUCCAGUUGAAGAAUCUUCUGACCCACAAAGAAUGGUUUUCAGAGAAGAUCUUACCCAGCUUCUAUUUCCUAUUACAAAAUCUUGUGAGUCACGUCUCAUUAUGAAUACACUUCUCCUAUUAAAAGUUCCGCCCCUGCCUCUUACAGAUGCAUUUUACAGAUUUACUAAGCUGGAUAAAAUUUCAUGGUCUUUAGAUUCUGCAGAAAUAAUUCUUUCUGCAAAAUUUUCAGGCAAUGAAGAUUAUUUGGAUGUAGUUUUAGAACUCUUGUAUGGACCACAGUAUUUAAUUAAUGGUCUUGGUCAGAAUCAAUUUUUCGAUUUUGUAAAUUCUGUUUUUGAUAAGUGCAUAUUUUAUAGUUCAACCGACAAAAUAUGCUUUUUAGUAUGGCAGAUGAGAUGGUGGAGAUGGAUACACUUGGUUCAGAGAGUAAAAGAUGUUGAAUCAAGUGAUGAUUUAAGAAAAGGUUUAUUAAGUCGUGCUAAAAAACUUUUGAAACAGCAUAGGGAUUGUAUACCGUUGUAUAUAGAGUAUGCUUUGUUGGAAUAUGAAGGAGGUGACAUCAGUGCAUGUUUAAAAGUUUUAGAAAUGACCAUGAAUUUGAGAAAUUCCCCUUUGAUGGCUGGGACACUAGAAAAAAGAGAUCUUUGCACUCUGUAUAAAGAAUAUAUUUUACUUUUAAUAAAAGAAGACAUAAACUUAAAUAAAGAAAAAAUUUUAGUAGCUUUCAUUGCUUUAGUAUUUGGAGAACCUAUAAAAAAUAUUGUAUAUAGAGAUGAACUUUUAACGAAAACUAGUGAAAAAUUUAGCCACAUCACCACAGAAGUUUUGCAUGAUGUAAAGGAUGCAGAAAUUGGUUUGUCAGAAAUCAUUUUUCCUGAAUUCACUGUAUCAUGGUUGUCUUUACAUGCUUGGUUCACUUUUAUUCAUGAAGGAAUAAAAAAGAGUACUGAGAUAAUGGAAAAUGCCAUUCAACAAUUAGAGAUACUCAAAAACAAAAACGGUAACUUGAUUGGUGUGAUGUUAGAACAACUUCAUGAAAAUCUUGUGAAUAUUACAUUACUCUACUGUAAAGAAAAUCCUGGUCAUUUCAGUUUUUUACAUGACAUAUUACUACGUGCAAUACAACAUUAUCCUAACAAUGGAUUAUUUUUCAAUGCCAUUUACACAUGCGAGGUUGUAGGAAUAAAAUGGCAGAAGAUGUCAUCCUUAAUUGUGUCUUCUGGCUCUCCUCUUGCUUCAGCUUUCACCUACUUCAUUACACAUACGAGGCUAAUCAAAGAGCAAUCCAACAAAGGAAAUGUGGGGAUUAGAUUGCAAAACCUUCUUGAAAAAUUGAGAAAUUCAUAUCAGCGGUGCCCUCUGUUUUGGAGGCUUUUUCUUCAAGCCAGCAGUCUUAAAGAUACUCAAGAUAUUAAACAGAUUUUUUAUAGAUCUGUUGAAAAGUGCCCAUGGGUUAAGUUUCUUUACUACGAAGCAGCAAAAAUAUUGCCUGAAGACCUUCCAGAAAUUCAGGAUUUAUUGGUAGAAAAAGAAUUGAGACUUCACACUACUCCUGAAGAACUUGAAAUUUUAAGGGAAGGAUCAUGAAAUUGAUUCAUUUUUUUAUGUAUAAAUGUUAAUAAACUUAUAGUUGCUAUUUUGUUAUUUUAAUGACCUAAAA